GUCUUGCCUCCUCUGAGUCCUCUCUCACUUCUUCCUCCGAUUCAGAGGGAAAGAUGUACGCAGCUGACGAUGGUGACCUUCCGAAUAUUGCGUCUUCUUCCUCUGGCGGAUUGAACUCGGGUUUUGAAACGGUUUCUCUCGCCAGCAGUGUUCUCCAUCCCGUUUCCCCUCGUUCAAGGAGCUCUGGGGUGUUGGUUUGUUAAUCCUGAUCCUAUUGCAGUUUUCACUGUUGAAUAAGUCUUACUGUCAGCUAUUAUCUAUGAACCAGUUUGUUUGUUACUCUCUAGGACAGGACUUAGUGCAGGACGUGUCAAUAUGCAUGUUAGCCAUGUAGCCUUGUUUUUAGGAUUUAGUUGCUAUUUAUUUGGUUGUAUUGUUGAUGUCUUCUAGUUCUACCCAUAUAAAGGCUAUUAUUAGUGAAAUAAAAUAUCAGUUCAUAU